UACAAAGACGCCGGUACUUACGAAUGCAUUGCUGAUAACGGUAUACCACCCAGCAUUGCAGCUAAUUUCUCCAUCCAAAUUCGUGUUGGGCUUUGUGCACAAACUCGAAAUGUUCGAUUGUUGUUAUAAUGUUUGGAGCUUUAGAAGUCUCGCUUUGGAACUGGUAGCAGUGUAUCUCCUGUUUCUGCCGAAUGUUUAUCUCUCAGAACUGCCUAAUAUCAAAAAGUUCACUUUCGAAGAUAAUGUUCAAGAGGGUGAUUCAGUAUCAGUGAUUUGUUUUGCUGUUUCUCAGAGCAAGCCGCUGUCUUUCAAAUGGGAAAAAAACGGUAAACCUGUAGACGAAACAGAGAAAAAUGUGAGAAUUGACAAUAGUGGAGAAUAUUCUGUUUUAAUUUUGGACAAAGUUGACUUGAGAAGUGGAGGAAAUUACACAUGCAGUGCCACCAACCCUUUAGGCACAACAAAACAUACAGCGCAACUGCAAAUUAAAGCUCCUCCAAAAUGGCUUGAAAUGCCAAAUAGCUCAGUUACUACUCUAGGAAAUGCAAUUACAGUCAAGUGCCUAGCAACUGGAUCGCCUGUUCCCAAAAUAAAAUGGAAUAAAUUAUUAGAUACAAAUUUUACAGAAUAUAAGUCCUUAAACUGGAAAGAAGAAAGCAAUGGCACAUUAAGAAUUCCUGCUAUCUCAUAUGCUGAUGCUGGGCUUUAUGAAUGUGUCGCUGAUAACGGAAUAGGACCCAGUAUUAAAGCUAAUUUUACAAUUACCAUUCGUGAAAUUCCUGAAAUACAAAAAUUUGCUUUUCAAGAUAAUGUUAUUGAUGGUAAAGUUGUGUCAGUGAUGUGCCUUGCUGUUUCGGAAACAAAACCUAUUCAUUUCAGUUGGGACAAAAAUGGAAAACUGCUAGAUGGUAGUGAAAAAGGCGUUAGAAUUGAAAACAGUAGUGAAUUUUCCGUUCUCAUUUUAGACGACGUAAGCAUUGACAGUGCUGGAAAUUACACUUGCACGGCCACAAAUUCAUUUGGAAGUGCUAAGCAUAGUUCCUUCUUGAAUAUCAAGGCUCCUCCAAGGUGGAUAGAAACGGCAAAAGAUGUAACAGUAGCUGUAGGAGAAUUAGUUAUAAUCAAAUGCGUUGCAUUUGGUUCUCCUAAGCCUCAUAUAGUAUGGAAAAAGCAAUCAGGUGGCGAAAUGAAGAAUCUGCUUCCUUCCGCAUCUAAUCUAAAAAUUAAUGAAGAAGGUACCUUACAGUUCUCAUCGAUAUCGUAUGAAGAUGCUGGUUUCUAUGAGUGUUUGGCUGAUAAUGGCGUUCAGCCAAACAUUUCAACAAACGUCACUAUAACAAUCCGGGUGAAGAUAGAACCAUUCAGUUUUCCAAGACAAUUUAGCGUCGGUGAGAAAGCCCAGGCAGCAUGCUUCGCUGCCUCGUUAACCAACGAUGUUCAGUUUCAGUGGCUGAAGGACGGCAUAAUUCUCCAAGAUUCUGAAAACAUAAGGAUUAAAAGCAGUAAUGAUUUCUCCAUCAUUAUUGUAGACCCUGUAAAUUUAUUAAGUGAAGGAAAUUACACUUGCAAAGCUGUGGACAGUAAAGAUGCUGCUUCUCAUUCUGCUGUGUUGCAAAUAGAAGCUCCUCCAUCUUGGCUUGACGAAACUAAAGACAUAACAAUAGCCAUGGGGUCUUCGGUAACUAUAAGCUGCAGGGCUCAUGGGUCUCCGAAACCUGUUGUCAAACUUAAAAAAGCGUCAGGUCAUCUCAUGAAAAAGGCUCAGCAAGAUUCCUUUGAAGUUAGUUCACAAAAUGGUACCUUUCAUUUAACCUCUUUAACGGCGGACGAUGCUGGAAUGUAUGUAUGUGAAGCAAAUAAUGGUGUUGGUACUACUAUAAACAAGAAUUUUUUGAUAGAUGUCGAAGGUUCACCGAAAAUUCAACCUUUCCAGUUCCCUAUUGGUGUUAAGGAUGGUGGAAAAGUUACAGUAGUUUGUUCUGUCGCAUCUACGCAAGAAAUAUCGAAUUUUCGUUGGAUGAAAGACAAAACAGAUAUUAUUGGCUCGCCACAAAUUCGGAUAAAAAACGAACCUGAUUUUUCAGUUUUGGUCAUAGAACCGGUGCAUGCAAAUAAUACCGGUAAUUACACUUGUUUGGCCCGAAAUAGUUUAGGACAAGAUACUUAUUCAUCUUUCCUUCAAGUGGAAGGUCCCCCAAAAUGGGUGCAUGAACCAUCUGAUGCAGUCCUUCAAAUAGGUGAAAAACUUUUGUUAAAAUGUGAAGCAUCUGGCUACCCUGCCCCAAAAAUCCAGUGGCAGAGAAUUAAUAAACUCGCCAGUAGUACGGAGUUGAGUGUUCUUGAUCAAGGUAGUUGGAAUGACACAGUUUUAGUAAUUCAGGGAGUUAAAGCAGAACAUUCAGGAAUCUUUCAGUGUGAAGCUAAUAAUGGAAUCCCACCAACUUUAACAGCAAAAGUUCAUGUUCGGGUUAUUGUUUCUCCAGUUAUCCAGCCUUUUAGUUUCAAGAAAGGUGUCAGAGCUGGAGACAAGACUACAACGCUCUGUCUUGCAGAAUCGAAGUUACCACUUACUUAUACUUGGGAGAAAGAUGGAAAACAGUUAGCCGAAAAAGAAGGACUUCGGUUCAAAACUGAUGAAGAACUCUCUAUAUUAAUAAUAGAUCCUGUUCACAUUGACAGUUCUGGGAAUUACACUUGCACAGUUACCAAUAAGGAUGGUUCUCACAGUUUCACAGCAGAAUUAAUUGUUGAAGCUCCACCAGUAUGGAAAACAGAACCUGAAAAUACAACAGCACUACCAGGAUCACAACAUAUAUUUCACUGCUCAGCUUCUGGUUCACCAAAUCCUGUUAUAACUUGGCGAAAAUUAUCAGAUUCUCCUACAGAAGUAAAAGAAAAUAUUCCUGAAGCCUUAGUCAUUGCUAAAGGAGAAAAAUUAAUUUUCAAUUCUGUUAAAAUUUCCGAUGCUGGAACGUAUGAAUGUGAGGCGAGUAACGGUGUUGGUCCUGCCCUUAAGAAGUUUGUAGUAAUGAAUAUUCGUGUUCCCGCUCGGUUUGAAGAGAAAUUCACCGUAGUAAAUGCUAAGAAAGGAGAUAGUGCUAGAAUGAAGUGCGAAGCCCUAGGAGACCAACCUCUCUCUGUAACAUGGCAUAGAGACGAGACUACAAUUAGCAAAAGUGGUGAUGAUAGGUAUGAAAUCUUUGAGACUCUAGUUCCGAAGGGUGUAGUGUCCGAACUUAUCAUUCGAACUACAGAUCGAGACGAUGGAGCCCUUUACUCGUGUAUAGCUGAAAACGAAUUUGGAAAUGACGAAAGAAAGAUACGACUGCUAGUUAUGGAGGUUCCUGCUCCGCCAUUAGACGUAAAAAUUAGAGAAAUCUGGAGUCGAAGUGCUAGUGUAACUUGGGCACCACCUUACAGUGGAAAUUCUCCAAUUACAAAGUACAUAGUACAAUACUGGAGAGAUAUAGGAGGAGCUCCGCAUCGUUUGCUGGAAAUUUCAGCUCCUAGUUCACAGACUUCGGCGAUAAUGAAAGAGCUGCACCCGGGUACUUCUUACGUUCUGAAAGUGGUCGCAGAGAACGCUGUUGGUAGAGGCGAACCAUCUGAUGCUGCAUUCUUCAAGACAGGGGAAGAAGAACCCAGUUCGCCGCCAGCCGAUAUUAUAGCCGAACCAAAAGGUUCUUCUACUAUUCGAGUGUCUUGGAAGCCACCACCCAAGGACAGCUGGAAUGGUGAACUAAAGGGUUAUUACAUCGGCUACAAGUCCCGAGAUUCUAACCAGCCUUAUUCCUACAAAACCAUGGAGUAUUUGCCAGAAGUGCAGCAGGAGUUCUUUCUCACCAAUCUUUUGAAGGCGUCAGAUUACAGUGUCGUCGUCAAAGCUUUCAACUCGGCCGGAAGUGGACCGCCUUCGCACGAACUGUAUGUUAGGACUCUUGAUGGAGAAUUGCCGCCUGCUCCUUCCCUGUUUGUGUUGGCUACGUCUCCUACUUCCGUUAGCCUACGUUGGAGUACUAGAAAAAUAGACAAUCCUCUGACUGGUUAUACAGUUCACUAUAGAGAAGAACAGGGCCAAUGGCAGGAAGUGGCUGUUGUUGCCCCAGAAGAUAAUACCUACACGCUUAGUAAUUUGCAACCUGAGAGACUCUACCAGAUAUAUGUAACUGCCACUAACCAAUACGGAAAGGGAGAUCCUAGCGAAAUAGUUGCUAUUAAGACAGAAGAGGGAGAUGGUCAUUCACUUUUGUCAGUGGCAAGCCUAGGACAUAAUGGUAACUACAUGGACAUGGCAGUUGUCAUCCCAGUUACUGCGUCUUUGGUGACCAUAACUAUCGUACUCAUUGUUGCAUGUAUGUGUGUAAGAAAAAUAAGGAGUCGUCAUAACUUGGAAAGAGCUAUUGCAGCCGAGAAGAAUUACGCAUUGGCGGCUGGAACUCUUCAGCGAUAUGUCGAUAUAGAUAAGACACGGUCUCUUAUGGAUCCUAGCCGCGCUGGUCAUUAUCCCUUGCCUUACGAGACUAUCCAGAUGAUGUCUGAAGAGCAGGAUCCUUCCUUUGCCAAAAGAGGCGGUAAUCAGGAACUUCGAGCCUUCAUAGGGAAGGAUGGCCAGCAAACGUUAUAUAACAAGCCAAUGACAUUGAGAAGAAAAGACGAGAAUAUAUAUGAUAGUCCACAAUAAAUCGUAGUUGUGUACAAAAACUUUUUGAACAAGACAAACUAAACAGAAACUAUAUUUCCGAAUUUCAUAAUCUUCGUACAAGAUUGAAUUCAAUUUGUGGUAAUAACUCUUGUGCCUCAAUAUACGAAAGGAUCGUGCCAUCAGUCAGCCCAGUAUGCAAAUUCUUAGUGUUUUACUGACAUACACUAACAUUUCGUGACAACUCGAAGACUGACUCACUGUGGCGUUCGAGUUUUGCGCUUUUGAGUGGUGUUCCAGAUUUGCUUAGAUCGUUCUUUUUUUGUGUGUAUGCGCUGUUUUUCGCUUUCUGAACUAACUAUCGGCUUUGCAGUUCGUUAGGAAUUCAUGAUGUGCACAUUCACUGCUGUUCUACGUUCUCAUUUUAGUUUGCCAAUCAUUCGGACGACUUAUUAGAGUUUAAUUUUUAGUUUAGCAUUUACUAUGAUGCAUACAAGGAAAUAAACCUUUCAAACAGCACCCGGGCAAAGUUUUAAAAUUUGAAUGUUCUCUUUCCUUUUGCUUAAAAUAUAGAGACUAAACGUUGAUGGUAUUAAUGUCCGCUUAUGAUGACAAUUUUUAAGAGAAUGAGAAAUGUUAGUUUGUAUAAAUUUCGGGAAUUCAAGCUUUUUUUAUACAUCGUGUUUUGUAUGAAAUGCCUGAAAGACCAAAAACCAGAUUUUGUAGGUGCGAAAGAACUUCGAAGACCUCCAUGCGAUGUAUUAUUUCCUACUUUUCGAAUGAAAGAUUUGAUUCCAGUAUCACCGAAUCAAAGCGAGUGUGUGUUGUGAACCUUUUAAACCUUCGAAACUUUAAAUGGCUUCCGAUAAUUAAUGUCAGCUACUUGCUGCUGUAAACCUUGGAGUCCCUGAUGAUAAAGGAAGAGAUAUCUUGACAUCAAAGAAACUGUUUUAGGAGCAAAAUGCAUUGUUAAAUAUUCUGGAUUUUGUGAAUGUCAUUUAUAUUUUCUAAAAUAUCGUUUGAUGUCUUUAAGCCAGAAUAUGUCUUGCGUUAUGAUACAUUAAAACUAAUAUUUGCAUGAUACGAUUAAAGCAGGUUCAUUUUCUAAUAAAUCUUCUAAAAGUGGAAGACGACUACGAGGAAUCUCGUUUUCUUACCAAAAGACGUUAAUAUGAGUGUUACAUGUUUUAUAUGCUUAGACGGAAAAUUUUCUCGUUAUUAAGGAAAUUUUAACUUUUGUUUCCGUAUAUCUUACUUUUUCAAACUAUUUUUGUACGCAGCUUAAUUGAAAUUUUUGAACUUACGCAGCUUAAUUGAAAUUUUUGAACUUACGCAGCUUAACUGAAAUUUUGCGUAUGACCACUUUCAGGUUUAUAAAUGCACGUAAUAUAUCAUAUGUAUGAACUUGUUAAAACGAUAUUUAACUAAGAUAUAUGUAUGUAAAUUUGAGCAAUUACAUGAUUAAACAAACUCGGGAAUUUAUUUGAUGUGCGAUUUUAAAAUUUCUUUAAUUACAUAACAAUUUCAAAUUUAUAUGAUUUAAAAUGCAAAUUCAUUCACUAACUCCGUUUAAAAUUUUUAUUAAUGUAAUUGCGUUACAUUUUUGAAAUGAAAAGUUAUUUCAUUCAUUCAAAAGUAUUUUAACACCUAAGAUAACAGUUAAAAAGAGAAAUAAUUGUACAUGUGUUGCAUCUUAUCUUGUUUGCAUUGUUGUUAAUUAUAAAGUAUUCCUAUCAAUUAUUUUGUAUUUAACUGAUUGGAUAUUAACAAAAUACAAUGAUUUUUAUAUUAGCAGUCCACAAAACCUUCUUUGCAAUUUAUUGUUUAAAGUAUGAUAAAAUGUUAAUUGCCCGUUUCUUUAAAAUGAUGUAAUUGAAAAACGCUAACAAAAAUUUAUUAAGAGUUUGAGUGUUUUUGUAAAACAAAAAAGGAAAUAUGUGAAUUCCUUUAAAUAUAAAUUUUCCUCUUAUAUUUGUAAUACAGAAAUAUUAAAUUAAGUUUUUUGGAGUUGAAAAAUUAACAGAUAUUUAGUAAAGAUCCCUUUAUUUUAUUUUUUACAAAGUUAUCCCACAGAGUGUUAUUGCAUUAGUUGAACGAUGGUUUCAUCUUUCUAAUAUCAGAAAACAUUUUUUAAAACGUUUUAAGGAAAAUUUUCUUAAAAUCGGUUCAUUUCUGUUUAGUUUGUUUUUAAUAUAACAGAGGAACGAUAAUUCUUCACCGAAACGCAAUUUCAACAUUUUUGAAAUACAAAUAUUUAUAUUCCGCCAAAAAAUACCUUGUUUGAAUUUAUGCAGUUACUAUUUUAAAAUUGUGCAAAUGAGGUAUUUAAUUUUCUAAAAUCUCUGUGAAUUCAGGCAUAAUUCACUCUGUGUGAGAUUACGAUUAAAAUUUAAUGCUUCUGUAUUCAAAUAAUAACAGUUUAUUUUAGCAGUUACUAACUUUCUCUUGAUAUUGUUAUUUUGUAAGCUUAGUAUGUUAAUAACUAUUUAAGGUAUUUAACCUCGGAAUUAAACAUUUGUAAACUUUAUUUUUUACAAUUUUCAAAUUGUAGGCAAUUAUGAGGAGUUUCGUAAUUGCAUGAACACAUCAUCUGCUUUACUAUCUCUGAAUGUGUCAUGCUUUUACGUGUAAUAAAUGUUCCUGAUGGCAUUUAGUGGCGAAAGUAUGUGACAAUUUUUAUUAAACCCGCAUGUAAACAAGCCACUCUGAUAUAUACAGGCAAUUUUCAAUAAUAUUCAAAUGUAAAUAAAAAGUUCUUCUUAGCCA